UUUGACGUUUCAUAAAAUCAUAACCAAACUUUUAACUUUGUCAAAAAUUCGCUUAUCAGUGGUCAAUGUUUGCGAAUUUGACCCCUUAUGAAUAAUGACUGACCUCGAAACUGAUAGAAAUUUAACCUCUACUCCCGUAUCAACUGGCUCGGAGGCAACUGCUUCAAUCGAAGAAUGUGAUUCGUUGUUGCCAUCGAGUCUCGCCGCUGAGGAAUUAAAAUUGGCACUUAACAAAGAAGCCACUGAAGAUGAACUGAAGAAUGCAAUAAACAGGUGCAAGGACUUAGUGUUGGAAAGUGAUCAGUGUUCAACUGAACGAAAAUGGCUUGUUAGACAUUUAAUAGAGUUGAGAUUAAGGCUUCAAGAAUGCAAAGAAGCAAUGGAGGAUCCCAAUCAUCCCCGAAACAAAAGUAGUGGUGUUUCAAGAAGGACAGUUAAGGGCCAUCACCUGAAUUUACAGCCUCUUCUUAAAAGUGCUACCUCCAAAUAUUGUGAUCAUUGCACAGGCACAAUUUGGAGUGUUGUUCAAGCUUGGUAUGAAUGUGAAGAUUGUGGAUACUCCUGUCAUCACAAAUGCAUGAGUUCAAUAGUUAGGGAAUGUGCUCAUGUAGUAAUAUCUGAAAGAGGCACAUAUGAACUUCAAAUUUGCCCAGAAAAUGGUUUAUCAUUUCAAAAGUAUUUGUGUGCUGAAUGCAAAACUCCAUUGCCUUUAGAUAGGGAAUGGUCAGAGGCAAGGCUGUGUGAUUAUACGGGACGCUAUUACUGUUCUGCUUGUCACUGGGGAAGUUCAGCAAUCAUUCCUGCAAGAGUGAUCCACAACUGGGACCUAUCGCCACAGCCGGUUUGUCAGGCGAGUCUGCAAGAACUCUCUGCCACAACAAACAGACCAUUAAUUAAUUUGGAAAAAUUAAAUCCAAACUUGUUCACAAUAGUGCAGGAGUUGAGUCUAGUCAGAAGAUUAAGGAAGAGCUUGGUGGGAAUGAGGAAGUACUUGUUGGUAUGUCGUCUGGCUACUGAGGAUCAUAUCUUAUGGAAGUCUGUCAGUACUCCUCAUUUAAUUGAAAGCACAGAUUUGUACAGCUUGCAAGACUUAGUUGAUACCCACUCUGGCGAAUUGCCCAUGAAAUUGGGUAUGUGGGUGGAUGUAUUCACUAAUCACAUAAAAAAAGAGUGCACAGUUUGUCAAGGCAGGGGUCAUAUUUGUGAAAUUUGUUCAAACAGUGAAGUGCUCUAUCCGUUUGACGAAAGUGCAGUCAUUUGCAAAGACUGUAACGCAGUGUUACAUAAACAUUGCUUUAGUCGGAAGAACGGCGCUUGUCCAAAAUGUAUCAGAAUCAAGUUAAGAGAAGAAAAGAACAAAGUUGAAAUUGAUGUUGAAGAAUAAAUAAUCUUAAUCUGUGAUAAUUGUAUUCAUGUUUGUAUUGUAUUUAUUAUAUAAUUGCCAACAAUUUUUUUAAAUAAAA